CUUCCAAGUAGUUUCCCAACAAUCUUACAAAGCCAUCAUCAUCAUCAUCUCAAGGAGAGAAAUUAAACCUAAUUUCAGAGAGAGAGAGAGAGAUCUUAAUAAUACAAAAAAGAUGGGUAGAGCUCCAUGCUGUGACAAGGCUAACGUGAAGAAAGGACCUUGGUCUCCUGAAGAAGAUGCUACACUCAAAUCUUACAUUGAAACAAAUGGAACUGGAGGAAAUUGGAUUGCUCUUCCUCAAAAAAUUGGGCUCAAGAGAUGUGGAAAGAGUUGCAGACUUAGGUGGUUAAAUUACUUGAGACCUAAUAUCAAACAUGGUGGAUUUACUGAAGAAGAAGACAACAUCAUUUGCAGCCUUUACAUAAGCAUUGGAAGCAGGUGGUCCAUUAUUGCUGCUCAGUUACCUGGAAGAACAGACAAUGACAUAAAAAACUAUUGGAACACAAGAUUGAAGAAGAAAUUACUCGGAAAGCGAAAACAGUCGAAUAUAAACAACUGCUUGAUGAACCAAAAGGACACAAAUGGAAUAGAUGAGAAUUCUUAUUCAAAUUCAUUAAGUAGCUCAGCUCUUGAGAGACUUCAACUUCAUAUGCAACUUCAAAGCCUUCAAAACCCUUUGUCUUUUUACAAUAAUAACCCUGCUGCACUAGUUUGGCCAAAGUUGCAUCCUUCUCAAGAAAAAAUGAUCCAAAUUAGCCUUCAAAACUCUAAUAACAACCCUAUGAUGCAAAAUGCUUUCUCUUCACCACAGGUUGAUCUUUUGGAGAAUAUUAUUCCUUUGGAGAAUAAUAAUAACAAUUCAGUUACCUUCAAUGCUUCUGGAAAUAGUAGUAAUAAUAAUAAUUCAAUCAUGCAUUCAAGUGUUGCACCAAGAGGAGAAGCUGUUGAGAAGAGUACUAACAAUGAAGGAAUUCAGGAACUGGAAAGUGAACUAGAUGAAAUUCUCAACAACAGAAAUAUAAUUACUAUGGAAGAUGAAUAUCGUGUGGCUGAAUUUGAUUGUUUCAGAGAUAUGAAUAAUAAUGGUUCAAAGGAUCAAAACUUGAUAUGGUGGUCAAAUGAUUCAGGUGAUACUAAAUCAGGAUCCUCAAACUCAUGGGAUUCAACAACUAAUCUUAUGCAAGAAGGGAUGUUCCAAGAUUAUGAACUAGGUUAUGGUCUGUAGUACUAAAUUAAUCAUAUGUAUUUAACCUUCUGCUUUAUUCUAAUCUGUUGCCUUGUUUGAUCAUAAGGAUGAUGAGUUGUAACUGCUGCAGGUCUUGUAAACAAUGUCAUGAAUAUAUAUUAUAUAAUAAUGUACAUCGAUGCUUGAGUAA